GCCCCAGUCCCGGCCCGCGAGCUGGGGGCGGGGUGCCGCAGGCGCGGGCCAUGGCGGACGCAGGCGGUUGGCGGCCGCCGCGCCCCUGCGAGGCCUACCGCGCCGAGUGGACGCUCUGCCGCAGCGCCGGACACCUCCUGCACCACUACUACGUCCACGGCGAGCGGCCCGCCUGCGAGCAGUGGCGGCGGGACCUGGCCAGCUGCCGGGAGUGGGAGGAGCGCCGCAGCGCCGAGGCCCAGCGGUCCCUCUGUGAGAGUGAGCGUGCCAGAGUCCAGGCGACACGGAAGCACGCCCUGGUGUGGACCCUGAGGCAGAGCCCUCCUGCGGACUGGCACCUCCCACUACCACAGGAGGAGAAAGACCAGUGAUGAGCUUUCCAGAAUGGCUUCCUCUGAUCUGUUUCAAGUGGGGCUGUGGCAGGACCUGAAGGAUGGUGACCGGCCCAAGCAGCCUAGUGGGUCCCUGAGAGUUUCCACUCAGCUUAGAACAUGAAGCCUGAGGUCUCAGGUCUACUUGCCCACCCCGGACCUGCAUUCAGGGCGCCCUGCCACUGCCUGGCUCUGACAGACAACUUCACCCACUGCACAGCUUCCAGGCUGCCAAACACCAUUGCGGAUCCCAAUGAGCAGCUGGGUCAGGCUGGUUCAUGCUACCCCCACGUGAGCACAACAGCCCUCUCAGGUAAACUCGAGUGGUAGCCCUGACCCAUGUGGACACACAAAUGAAGUAACUCAAUGGUUGUUCUGUGGUGAACACCCUCCCUGGUGCUGGCUUGGUGAGACUGCAUUGCCAGCCCCUGGUGCUUACACGGAGCUACAGCCCACUCACUAAGUUCCUCUGCGGACACAGGUGGGGUGUUUCUUCUUGUAGGAGAUGAACCUCUUGAAGACUCUGGGUUUUAAGAAAUUCAUACAAAAAAAAAUGCAUACAGCUAUAGAAUAUACAACCUCGCAUUAAAAGCGUUCAUAGACUCUUGGUUUAAGAAACCCAAACCCAAAACACGUGGAAUUUUGGUCUCUUGCUUUAAAAUUUCCCUUGGUCAGUUUUGUAGAUUAUAUCUAACAUAGAAAAUGUAGAUUAUAGCUAACACCAUUUGGCACAUUUGAUUUCAAAUAGAAGCUGAAAAUUAAACCACAAUUUAGUAGUUAAGAUUUUAGAUUCAGCACCUGACACUGUUCUGCUCGUAGUAUUGGAAUUUUGUAUACUUACACACUUGUAGAUGUUUUUAAAAUAUAUGCAUAUGAACCAACAAGAACACUAUUCUUGAAGAGGCCUUUUAAUCACUAAUAAAACAAUUUGGUGGGAUUCCUAGGUG